UGAGAAGAUGUUGCGAUGAGGAGUUGGAGGCAGAUGAGAAAUCACUGUCAGACGCUCCAAACGGUAAUAAACACGCUCUUAUUUGAAGAAACACAGUUUCUUUAUCCGAUGUGGACAGUUUAGAGGAGUCUUUGUAAGGAUGCAUACAACUCGCAGUCCAUCCGCAUCCUUCCAGGCCGGACCAGCUGGAGACGUACUGGACCUCAGCUUGACCGGCUCUCAGCUCAUGAUGAGCCGCAGACCCAGCAGUGCUUCCCCAGGGAAACACUUCUCUCGGUCCAUAUCUGUGUCCGUGGCCAGUGACGGACGGGGAAAACGAAACACGUUGACGGAUUCUGGAUUGGGAAGCUCACGAGCAAUUAAAAACCUGCGACGGUCUAACAGCACCACACAGGUGAACCAGCAGGCCAUCAUAAGCCCCAGUGAAGGCCAGACAGAAGACUUCUUGGCUCUGUUCAACAGCAGCACUGAUGGACGGAGGAAACUGGCCAGCCUCACCAAGACUUCCAAAGACCAAACAACCUGGAACAUCCUGGAUGACCAGCCGAGAGUUUUCCCUGUGCCCAGCAGCUCUCAUAGUACCUGCAGUAUGGAUUCUCCUACAGGACUAAAGAAGAGGGAUGCUGGGGUCUUUCUGGCUGCCAACUUCACUGCCAACAACAGGAGCAAUAAAGCAGCUGUGGGUAACUCAGUGACCCCCAUCCUUCAUAACAACCACUCAGAGAAGCCCCUUACUCCCAAGAGCUCCAAUCAGAAGCCCUCCUUCAAUAACAUCAUCAAAGCCACAGUAAAUGAUGAUGUGACAUUAGACGUGAGCGGUUCUCUCACUAAGUCUCAAAAGAACUUCUCGGCAUCAUCAGGCUCCAACAACAAAGCUCCCUCAAGCCCCCGAAGCCCAGGUCAGCCACGCAGACGAGAGGUGACCGAAGAGGAGGCUGAGAGGUUUAUUCAACAGGUGAACCAUGCUGCUAUUAUCAUUCAACGUUGGUAUCGUUGCCAUGCCAACAGAAAGCGAGCCAAUGAGAAUACGAUCAAACGCCUCCUUGCAUCCAAAAAAAAGGAAAGGGAGCAGAGAGCAGAGGAGGAAAAACCUGCAGAGUCACUGAAGAAGAAGGACGAUGAGCGUAAACGUAUCAGAGAGGAGAAAGCUCGUCUGGCUCGACUUACUGCAAUACAGGAGCUUCAGCAGAAAAGAGUGCAACGUGCUGCAGAGGUGCAGCAGAUUGCAGAGGAGGAGAUAGAGGCACUGAGGCAUGCUGGGAAAGUGGGGCAUAAAAAACUCACCAAAUGUUCACCCACUUCUCCCACUGACCUCAAAUCUAAGAACACAGAUUCCAAUGUGAACAUUGUGUCUGAUCUGGAUGAUGUGACGAAUCUGAGGGCUGUGUCACCUGCUGGCUCUCUAAGCAGAGGGUCUCAGUGCUCUCAGGAGAUCCUACAGAGGUCUGUGAGUAUGGAGGACCAGCGACAGAGGGCACCAUCAAGCAGGGCUCAGUCAAAAACCACCCUCAAUGACCUGCUGGACACGCUGAAGCUCUUGGAAGAGGAGCCAGAGAGACUCUCAGAGCCCAAGAGCUACAGGAAGGAUAAGUACGCAUGGAUUGAUGAGGAUGGAGACUCUAACUCCCUGACGACUGAUAACGUGGAACGGCACAGGCAGUUGAGUCAGACUCCUGCCCUACCAGAUGGGGGUGCCUUGCUGUCAGAGGCCAAACUGCAGAGCAUCAUGAGCUUCCUGGAUGAAAUGGAGCAAUCAGAGCAGGAUAGACCACGCUCGGUCACCUCUGGAUCACACAGAGAGGUGGUGUUAUCAGAGGAGGAUCUCGCAGUUGUAGAACAAGCCUCAGCCACGGCAGCUGAGGUCACUGGUUCUAUGAUGAGACUCAAACUGGAGCUGGAAGAGAAGAAACGCACUGCCAAUAUGCUACAGACAGCACUGGCCCAGCAGAGGGAGCUAACAAUCCGGCAUGUGAAGGAGACAGAGAAGGAGCUCAGUCAUAACUUUCAGCUACAGAAACAGCAAUAUGAAGCUACGAUACAACGGCACCUGACAUUUAUAGACCAGCUGAUUGAUGAUAAAAAGGCCUUGAGUGAACGCUGUGAGGAGGUGGUUGGAGAACUCAAGCAGGUGGAUCAGAAGUACACCAAGAAGAUCACACAGAUGCAAGAGCAACAUGAACUGGUGUGGCAAAUUUUGGGUCCCAUGUGCGAGGAGAUAAAGAAAUUAAAAGAGUUGAUGAGUGCCACCGAGAAGAUCCGCAGGGAGAAAUGGAUCGAUGACAAGACCAAAAAAAUCAAGGAGAUCACAGUGAAAGGUCUGGAGCCAGAGAUUCAGAAGCUAAUUUCCAAACACAAGCAAGAGCUGAAGAAACUGAGAGUUCUUCAUGAGGCAGAGCUGCUUCAGGCAGACGAGAGGGCCGCCCAACGUUACGUCAGGCAGAGUGAGGAACUACGACAGCAGUUGGAGAAAGAAAAAGAUGAACAGUGCCAGAAAGAGAGAGAACUGGCCAAGCAGAGGUUUGAGAAACAGCUGCAGGAAGAGGAGAACGCACUGCAGCAGCAGAGGAGACGACUCUAUAAAGACGUUUCAGAGGAGAAAGAGCGACUCACACAGCUAGCAGCAAGGCAGCGUGCUGAGCUAGAGGACUUAAGGAAGCAGCUUGAAGAGAACAGCUCUCUGGCUGGAAGAGCACUUCGAGAAGAGCUAGAGAAGAGCAGAGAAGAGCAGGAGAGGCGACACCAGGUUGAAAUAAAGGCCCUGAAGGAAAGACUUGAGAUUGAGAAACAGACAUGGGAAGAAAAUUAUAUGAAAAAAGAGGAAUCAUGGCUGCUGAGCAGAGAGAGGGAGCUGAAAGAUGAGGUGCGUCGAGGAAGAGACAAAGAGAUCGAGUUGGCCAUUCAGAAACUAGAGGAGGAGACCAGAGGGGCGAGGGAGGAGUCUGAGAGAUCAGCUGACAGCCGAAUAAAGCGUGUAAGAGAGAAAUAUGAGGCAGAGCUCCGAGAUCUGGAGCAUUCGGAGAGGGCGGCACUGCAGAAACAGCAGGAAAUGAGAGAGAAACAGAGUGAGAUGGAAGGCGAACUCCUUCACCUGCAGUCACUCCUACGACAAAGAGAGCAGGAAAUAAGCGACCUCGCCAAGUCACGUGAUAAAUUAUCAGAGGAGCGCCGCAGCUUGGCGGAGGUGAUCAGACAGGAGUUUGCGGAGCGACUGGUAGAAACGGAGGAAGAAAACAGGAGGAUGAAGAUGGAGGUAUCAGAUGCCAAGGCACGACUCCGCUUAGAGGUGGAGCGAGUGACCAGAGAGAAAGAAGAGGAGCUCGUGGAGGUACACCAAAGAGUGAAAUCUGCCAUUUUCAAGAAGGAAGAAACUGUUAAUAAUCUGCGGAAGCAACAUGAGGCUGCAUUGAAGAGAGCAGAUCAUCUCGAGUCUUUGUUGGAACAGCAGAGGAAACAGCUGCUAGGGAAAUGAUUGACAUGUUGGUGCAUCAGCCCCUGAGAGCUCCUCCCCCCACCACCCCUUCCCUUCUAUCAUACAGUCCACUUGCACAAAGAAAAAAAUCUCUUUAUCCAUAUUCCUGUCUGGUUACAUUUUUCUGCUUUUGGUCAUUUGGAUGAACUGAUGGAUUCUGGACGGAGACUUGAAAGAGGGGUGGAUGGUUCCCACCAGUCUUCUGAUCAAGAACGGCAACCUGUGGCAUUCCCAUGAGAACAGGGCAAAAUAAGAGAGGAAUUUAAUCUUCUGUUAGGAUUCCUGGAGACUUUUGUGUGUCUAUCUUGCAUGGAUAUGACUAUUUUUAAUUUUAUUUAUUUAUUUAAAAAACUAUGUUUAGGACCAUUAAGAUUUUUGGAAUUGUAGCAUUAUCACAAUUCAGCUCUUUUUCCUCAAAAUUUGCCAAAAAAAAUAAUCAUUAAUGUAACGGGAAGAAAAUGAUAUAUUAAAUGAAUUGUAAAGUAUUUAUACAUCUUGGUAGUAUUUGUUGUGAAUUUACCUUUAAUUUAUUUUGAUUUAAAAAAUGCAUUGUAUUACUGUAAUUUUGUACUGAAAUACAGUCAUAUCGUAUUGCAGUAAAAAGAAUUGGCAUUGAAAAUUAUGAGAAUUUAAAAAAAUCUCAAAAGUUAAACUUACGAAUUCAUUAUGUGCGGUAAUGACUAUUUGAAUGGGAUAUGUGCUUCAUUGCCAUUCAAUUAUGUCAUAAUCCAAAAAAUCUUAAUGAUCCUAAAUAUAGGUUUAAAUGUUUUAGGCAAAAUAUGAAUUAUUUAUUUUUUCUUGUGAUUUGUUUUUGCUUUGUUUUUUUGUUUUUUUGGUGACCUGGAUAUGUUUUGUGGAAAAAGAAUUGGAAAACCUUGGAAAAAGGCAUCUACAGUAAGUUCAUCCAGAUGUUUCUGUAACUACACACCCACUUCCCUUUCUGUCCAAUGUUGGAGGGAAAUGAGUGGAGGUUCCAGUGGACAGGAGAGGUGGUACAGGCAAAGGUUCUGAAAUCUCAUUCCUGAGAAGUUAACUUCACAUUAAAAAGGAGAGCACUUACCCCCCUCCAAUACACAAACACACAUGCAACUACACCUAGACUCCCCUGGCUUUUUAUGUGCUGCAUAUGGAUUUUUGUCCUGGUGCCCCUCAGGGCUAUUUCUAAAUUACAGGAGAUGUCCUAGAAGCCCCAAGGACAACCAAACGUGCUCACUCACAGCACUCAUUGAAGCUCAGCUCUUUCAGAUGUCAGGGAAUGAUGACAGCAUAGGUAUAGGACAGAUGUUUUAGAAGGUUUUUUGACAGAAUGGAGAUGAUAAGAUAAGCAAUAAUGAAACAAGCAAGCUUUCACUUCCUAGAGUUUUUAUACUAACCAUCUGCGACAGUGACGAGUGGUAUCGACACUUGGUUUUUGUUUCUUAGACUUUGCGUUGGGUAACCUCUUCUACUAAAAUCAUGCUCAA